AUGGCGUUGAAGAGAAUUCAGAAGGAGUUGUCAGACCUGGAAAGAGACCCUCCCGCUCAGUGUUCUGCUGGCCCAGUCGGAGAAGACUUGUUUCAUUGGCAGGCUACUAUUAUGGGUCCUAGUGACAGUCCCUAUCAAAAUGGAGUGUUUUUUCUUACUAUUCACUUCCCCACAGAUUAUCCCUUCAAACCACCUAAAGUUGCAUUCACGACAAAAAUUUACCAUCCAAAUAUCAACAGCAAUGGGAGUAUUUGUCUUGAUAUUCUUAGGUCUCAGUGGUCGCCUGCACUUACUGUAUCUAAAGUAUUAUUGUCUAUCUGCUCUCUGUUGUGUGAUCCAAAUCCGGAUGAUCCACUGGUCCCAGAGAUUGCUCACACAUACAAAUCUGACAGAGAAAAGUACAACAAACUUGCAAGAGAAUGGACACAGAAAAAGGCAACAACAACAGUGGAUUAG